AUGAUCCUCCACAAGGCCGAUGACGCACUGAUGUGCAAGGCGUUUGCAAUGACAUUGCGAGGAGCAGCUCAGGACUGGUUCCACACCCUGCCAUCUGGGUCGAUCAACUGUUUCAAGGAGCUUGCCUAUGUCUUCACUAAAGAAUACACUUCUUAUCGGAUGAUCAAGAAGAACCCAGAUCAUCUGUUCAAUCUGCGCAAGAAGCCCGACGAAUCCAUUCGAGAUUACAUCAAGAGAUUCAAAGUAGAAAAGGCCAACAUCGUAGGGUGCGACGACCGAAUCGUAUCAUCUGCCUUCAAGAAAGGUCUUCCAGCAGAACACGAGUUAUACCGCGAGCUGACUAUCACUCCCAGCCAGACUUUAGCAGAGGUCUUCGCGACUGCAGAACGCUACGCGCUCUGGGAUGACGAUCGAAUUGCCGCGAAGAAGUCCACUGAGUCACACCCACAAGAGGACGCUAAGGCAGGAGAGAACUACACCAAGUUCACUAUCCCUAUACAUCAAAUCCUAGCCCAAGUGAAAAACAAACCUUGGGUAAGAAGACCGCCACCCUUGAAAGGAGAUCCAGACAGGAGGGAUACUAGCAAAUACUGUGCCUUCCAUGGGACGCAUGGACACACUACGAACAACUGCUUCGCUUGGAAAGCACACCUCGAAGAACUCGUGAGGGAAGGUCACUGCACGGAAUUCAUCGCUAAGCAGGCCAUCCAACAGAUUGAGGACCGCGACACCGCCAAGGAGCCGCCCCAAAAGGUCAUAAGGAUUAACACAAUCCUAGCCGACUCCGAGGAAUCUGGGUUGACCAGCAAGGAAAAAAAAAGGAAGAUCAAACAAGCCACUAUGAUCUUCCAAGUCUCAACCGACAUUCCGCUAGCAGAAGACGACCCUAUAAUCGGCUUCCAAAAGAAAGAUCUAAUUGGCCUUGAUCUACCACACAAUGACGCUCUUGUCAUCAGCAUUCAAAUCGCUCAGGCCAUGGUCGGCCGAAUCCAUGCAGACGAGGGCAGUGCGGCCAACAUCCUACAAUUGACAGUUAUCCAACAGAUGGGCUUAGAGGCAAAGAUCAAUAAAUCAGCCAAGUCGCUGACUGGUUUCAAUGGAGCAACAACGGUCACCGUAGGCACGAUAGAGCUCGACGUCUACGCCCCACCUGUAAUCAGCUCUCAAACGUUCAUGGUCAUUGAUGAAGUCUCACCCUACAAUGGCAUUCUAGGCAGGCCAUGGAUCAGCAAGAUCAAUGCCAUCACCUCCGCCACGCAUCAGAAGAUUCGCUACCCAAUUCCUUGGGGUGGGAUCGGCCAAAUCAACAGCGAUCAGGCAAUGGCGAGGAAAUGCUCAGCUCAAGGGCUGAAGAAAGGCAAGCAAACACAGUUCCUCCCUGUGAAUCAAGCAGAUCUAAAGGGAGUAGAACAAGCAGAUGAGGAAGCAGAUCCCCAAUCAAAGAAUCAGGACCAAGUCGAGGGAAUCCGUCCGGAGGUCUAUCCUGAAGAAGGAUGGAAGCCCGAGGAGGACGUUGAGCUAGUACCCCUUGAUCCUGACAAGCCAGAGAGAACAGCGCGGAUCGGCUCGCGCCUAAGCCAGGAGGAAAAGGCAGAGCUUGUAGCCUUCCUCCAGAACAACAAAGACGUAUUUGCAUGGUCACCCUCUGACAUGCCUGGCAUCGAUCCCCAGAUCAUCUGUCAUCGCCUACACGUCAACCCAGCCAUCAAGCCUGUAGCGCAGAAGAGACGCAACUUCGCCCCCGAGCGAGUCGCCAUCAUUGAAGCUGAGAUCGACAAGCUUCUAGUUGCCGGUUUCAUUGAAGAAGUCUCAUACGCAGAAUGGCUGGCGAACGUUGUUCUAGUAGCAAAAAAAGAUAAAGGCCUGUGGAGAGUGUGCGUCGACUAUACUGACCUCAACAAGGCAUGUCCUAAAGAUAACUUUCCACUGCCGAGAAUUGACCAGCUCGUCGAUUCAACUUCCGGCAAUCAACUGCUAAGCUUCAUGGACGCUUACUCCGGUUACAACCAGAUCAUGAUGCAUGAAGACGACAAGGCAAAGACCUCUUUCAUCAUCGAAAGAGGUACCUACUGCUACAAGGUCAUGCCCUUUGGGCUGAAGAACGCCGGGGCAACCUACCAAAGGUUGGUGAAUAAAAUUUUCAAGGAGCAAAUUGGUAAGACUAUGGAGGUCUACGUAGACGACAUGCUAGUCAAAGCUCCCGAGCGAGUAGACCACAUCGAGAAUCUUGCCGAGGCAUUCAGCAUACUCCGAAAAUACAACAUGAAGUUGAACCCGAGCAAAUGCACAUUUGGAGUCUCGUCCGGCCGAUUCCUUGGAUACUUAGUCACCCAAAGAGGAAUUAAGGCACAUCCAAAUCAAAUCAAGGCUAUACUUAACAUGAAGUCACCUGCCACAACAAAGGAGAUACAAAGUCUAACGGGUAGGGCGGCAACCCUCAACCGAUUCCUCUCUAGAUCUACCGACAAAUGCAGGCCAUUUUUCAAAGCCUUGAAGAAGGGACACAAAGACAAGUGGGAUGACGAGUGUGAAGUAGCUUUUCAAAACUUGAAAACUUACCUCACUUCACCUCCAUUGCUCUCAAAACCGAUACCAGGCGAGGACUUGUAA